CGCAUCAUGAAAACAAAACAUUUGUGAUCGAACUUCGAACGGGACGGAUGCAACUCAGCAAAAAAGUUGCAAUCGCGAGCUAAAAACUAGUUCAGCUGGUCCAUAAAGUGCAUUGCGUUUGUUGUGCGACGUUGUUUUCAAGUUUUGUGCUAAAUUAGUGAAUAGUUUAUGUGCUAAUCAAUUUGAGAUUCGACAAAGUUCGCAAAUAAUCUGUGCCUCACUGCUGCCCAUCAGGGUUUUGGUUUACAAAGAAGCGAUCAGCAGCUAGAGGUACCUGGGAAAACUGCAGUACCUAGAGUGAAAGUUUUUGGGAGGAACCCGUCUGCAGUGGAAAAAGCAGGAAUGCGAAACAAAUGCCAACGCGAAAACGAAAGUUACGGGAGAAUGGCGAUCCAUUGAAAUCGAAGAAAAGUGUCAUCCUUUUCCGAGUGGUAAUUUGAGGGGACGGUCCCGCAGUGCGAUAAUCGAAUUACCUACAUAACUACCACCGAAGAAUUCCAAAACAAAAAGUGCUCAAGGGGGAUGUGUACACCGACCGUGCUGCAGGGUUGUUGCUCCCAGUGGCGCAGCUGGAUUCGGCCAGUGCUGGUCGUACUGUAUGUGCUCUUUGUGAUCAUCGUUGUGCCGCUGCUGAUCGUCAAUUCCGUCAAGGAUGGCUUCACCCGGAAGGACCAGCUCAUCCUCAUCGGGGGCCUGUUCGUCAUUUCGGCCGUGCCGAUUUCGAUUUGGCAAAUUACACAACACAUCGUGCAUUUUACGAAACCCAUCCUGCAGAAACACAUCAUCAGAAUUCUCUGGAUGGUACCCAUCUACGCAUUGAAUGCGUGGCUAUGCCUGCUGUUUCCUCAGCAUGCCAUCUACAUGGACAGUAUUCGCGAGUGCUACGAGGCGUACGUAAUCUACAACUUCAUGAAGUAUUUGCUCAACUAUCUCAACCUGGAGAUGGACCUGGAGCGAACGCUGGAAUACAAACCGCCGGUGAGGCACUUCUUUCCCCUGUGCUGCAUGGCUCCGUGGCCCACCGGGCGGGAGUUCGUACACAACUGUAAGCACGGCAUCCUGCAGUAUACGGUGGUGCGACCCAUCACGACCUUCGUGGCCUACAUCUGUGAGGUGAAUGGCGUCUACGGGGAGGGCAUUUUCGAGACGGACGUAGCAUUCCCGUACAUUGUGUUCAUCAACAAUUGCUCCCAGUUCAUUGCCAUGUACUGCCUGGUGUUGUUCUACAAAGCCAACAAGGACGAACUCAGACCGAUGAGACCGAUUCCGAAGUUCCUGUGCAUCAAGGCGGUGGUGUUCUUUUCGUUUUUCCAAGGCGUAAUCAUCAACUUCCUGGUCUAUUUCGGAUUCAUCCACAACAUCUUCGGUUCGGAGCAGAACGAUGAUCCCCGACUGCUAUCCUCAAAGCUGCAAAAUUUCCUCAUCUGUAUAGAAAUGUUCCUGGCCGCGUUGGCACACCACUACAGUUUUUCACACGAGCCGUACGAACUGAACAUUCCUGUUAGUGCUUUAGGAAUCGGAGCCAUCGGGGGAAGUAUAAAUGGGGGCGGCAAUGGGUCGUGGUACAAUGCACUGCGGAAUAUGCUGGACAUAUCGGAUGUCCAUCAGGAUGUGAGUGAGCACUUAGGGGUAGUGGGCAGCUCGUUGAGCAGACGAUUUAGAGGAAGAACGACGUAUCAUAUGCCGAGAGGCGGUUCCGGAAACUGUGAUAACUUGGGAGGUGGGUCUGAACGGGAACACUUAAUGCAGCCUUCCGGAAGUACGAGCAAUAUCAGUGCUAACAACUGCUACCAAAGCGGGCUGAGCAAUUCCGGUAAUCAGCUGUACUCGAACAUUCCCAAAGCGGCGCAGAAUCGAUACGGAGCGCUGGAAAGUGGGAUAAGCAUCGUGAGGACAAAAUCGGUCAAAGACGCGGAAACUCCGCACGAGGUGCCGAACAUUUUCAAUCAGUUCCAAAACUCCAAGAACCUAAAUCUCACGUUGGCAAAGAGCCCAAGUUUCGACAAUUUGUACUCGACCAAAAGUGAAACGACCACUUCCAGUAGUUCCAAUCAGAAAGCUUUGGCGACCAACAGUGGACAAACGUCGACGGCGACCAAUACAACAACGAGUAACAACACAACAACUUCGACGACGUCGGAACUCAAUCUGCGGAAGUCGGAGAGCAGCAACAGCGAUUGGCUCAGCACCCCGGACGACGAUCUGGGAAUCGACGUCAAGGGGUUGGGUAAGGAUCGGAUCAACUACAACCCCGACUGGAGGACGUAAGUUGGGAAACUUAUUACUGUCAACGUAUAAUCUCCAUACUGCGAUCAAGCUUGUUGUUAAGCUUCUCAUAGACUAAUUUAGGCGGAUUCUGAUGGUUGGGAGAUUGCUUGUGUGUGCGUCAGUAUGAUGAAGUGUGUGUAUUUACAGUUUUAUAUAUUAUUUUCGUACUAUUAAGUUAUUUAUCAAGACACUUAAAUACUUUCCCGAGAUCAAGCUAUUUCCAUAUUGUUCAAAUAACCUAGUGACUCGAAAGAAAGGUUGAUAUAUAGAUUGGAAUAAAUUUGGAGUACUAUCCAAUACAGGAACAGA